UUCAUUUUUAACUUUUGUAGGUUUAGGAAAAUUCAUGUUUCUCUUAUCAUCAUUGAACUUUUUAUCGCAAGACGUCUUCUAAACAUAUGAAAGAGCUGUAAUAUUUUGUACAGUUUUAUGAGACCUUUUAUGGGACAUUUCUUAAGACGUAUUUUAACCCAUUAAUGUAACGUAGGGAAUUUCAUAAAAUCAAAAGAGAAAAAUGUCAAAGAAGAAUGUAGUGUAUUUUUGGGAUUCUGAAGUUGGUAAUUUUCAUUAUGGGCCUGGACACCCCAUGAAACCCCACAGAUUGGCAGUAACUCAUAGUUUGGUUUAUCAUUAUGGACUGUAUAAAAAGAUGCAAGUGUAUCGUCCUUAUCGUGCAACUGCACAUGAUAUGACCCGUUUUCACUCAGAUGAGUACAUUGAUUUCUUGCAGAGAGUGACACCUCACAAUAUUCAAGCAUUUAAUAAAAGUCUGAGUCAUUUCAAUGUUGGCGAUGAUUGCCCCGUAUUUGAUGGUUUGUUCGAUUUUUGCUCCAUGUAUACAGGAGCAUCAUUGGAAGGAGCAAUAAAGUUGAACUACCAAUGUUGUGACAUAGCAAUUAACUGGUCUGGAGGAUUGCAUCAUGCCAAAAAGUUUGAAGCCUCAGGAUUUUGCUAUGUGAAUGAUAUUGUGAUUGCUAUCUUGGAGUUAUUAAAAUACCAUCCACGAGUUCUAUACAUUGAUAUUGACAUUCAUCAUGGUGAUGGAGUACAAGAAGCUUUUUAUCUUACUGAUCGUGUUAUGACUGUUUCCUUUCAUAAAUAUGGAAAUUACUUUUUUCCUGGAACAGGUGAUAUGUAUGAAAUAGGGGCUGAGAGUGGUCGUUAUUAUUCAGUUAAUGUUCCAUUAAAAGAAGGGAUUGAUGAUCAAAGUUAUUUUCAAGUUUUUAAGCCUGUCAUUCAAGCAGUAAUGGAGUUUUAUCAACCUACUUGCAUUGUUUUGCAGUGUGGAUCUGAUUCAUUAGCUGGUGACAGACUGGGAUGUUUUAAUUUGAGUACAAGAGGUCAUGGGGAGUGUGUGAAGUUUGUUAAAGAACUGAAUGUACCUCUUCUUGUUCUUGGUGGGGGAGGUUACACUGUUCGAAAUGUAUCAAGGUGCUGGACUUAUGAAACUUCUCUUUUACUUGAUGAAACUAUAGGCAGUGACAUUCCUUAUAAUGAAUACUUUGAGUAUUUUGCUCCUGACUUCAACCUACAUCCAAAUAUUUCCACUAAACAAGAAAAUGCAAAUAGUAAACAGUAUUUAGAAGCAAUCACAAGAGCUGUGACAGAAAAUUUGAAAUGCCUGGUUCAAGCCCCCAGCGUUCAAAUGCAGGACGUUCCUGAUGACUUCUUCCGUUUGCAACUUGAAGAUGAAAAUGAGUCGGAUCCUGAAGUGCGAGUGACACCUCAAGAAGCUGAUGCCAAGGUUGAACCUUCAAAUGAAUUUUAUGAUGGAGAGAAAGACCAGGACAGAGAAGCAGAAGCAGCAGAAACUCAAAAAUAAAAGCUCACGAUUGCAAUUCAUGUCAAAAUUGUUGUUUUGUUUUGAUAGGAGAAAGCUUGGGAGUACUUUGAUAAAUUUUGAGCAUAUUUUGUAAUAUAUUUAUCCUAUAACGGUAAAUUUGUAUAUUUUAGAAGGUAUUUUUGUCUAUAGAUUUCUUUUUCGUUUCCAAAAUUUUAUUUUUUUCCCAUCUAAUGAUACAAUUAAUUUUUUUUUGUUAUUUUGUACCAUUGAUUUGUUGUCUCUUGUUUGUUGCUCAGCCAAAUAUUUCAUGUUUUGAAUACAUAAGUUGAUGAGUCAAAUUUUAUCUUAAUAGAAAAGUUUAUUAUAACAGCGAAAAACUGAGUGUCAUUUAUCAUACUGUCUAAAAAUAAUGAAUGGUAUGAAACUUGACACACAGAGUACUUAUAAAACUGUUAUAUAAUUAUAAGUUUAAAAUUAUUGCUUGAUCCUAUAAAAAAAAUAUAGGUGACUUUUAUUAGCAUACUUAACUAUCAUCAAACUUGGAAUACUAGUUAAGUAAUUAACUAAUAUUUUACAGAAAAAAACUGCAAGUAUUUUGUAACAUUCAAUGCAAAAUAUACGUUAUACAGAAGAACUUUUCUCAUGGAUUGUUGUAUUUUUUAAGCUGCAUUAAGUGGUGGAAUUAAAUUCAGCUUAAAAAAUACAAAUAUACUUGCAGUUGUGCCUUAAAAAAGUCAGUUUGCUUAAGUUGCCUUAAAAAAGUACUCAUGGAAUUUCUCCAGUAGUAAAUUCAAAUUUUGUAAUAAAACUUAAUACAUUUUUAACUACUUCAUUUCUUGUUUUUGUGGUAAACAUAUCGUAGACUUUUUCAUUUAUUAAGUAUUUAAACGUUAAUUUACUUAUAUAUAUAAUAUUUCAAGGGAUGCUGGAAAAUAAAGAAAAUUAAUUUAAUGAAAAUUAAAUUAUUAUUGAAUUCUUACUAUUAGUUAUUCUUCCUUUAUUCACUUUGAGCAAUAGUUUUGCAUUUCUUUUUUUUUUCUUCUUCUUUUGCCCCUGCUCCAAACAAACUCAGAUAGUUCCUAUGAUUGCAAACAAAUAACUUUGUGCCAACUGUAAAACUUCUAACAGUAACCACAAGUUUUUCUCUUCUUUUUUUAAAGUAUAAACCCAGAUGGAAGAUAUUUUCAUGCUCCCGUAUUGUUUCUGUAUAUGAGUGAUCUGAAAUGUACACAAUGAAAUUCUUAGCAAUUUUUAGCUUCUAAUCAUGUUGCUUCCAGUGAAGGGGAUAUUUAUUUACUCUAUCAAAGCAAGCAUGAAUUUGAAAGUAAUAAUGUGUUGUAAUUAUCAACACUUGCUACAGGUAAAAAUAAAUUUAAGUAAAUAGACACAGAUUUUAUGAGUGCAAAAUUGCAUGUUAUCAAAAAUAUUUUCUGUUUGGUUCACAAUUUAAAUUGGUUAAGUAAGCCCUUAAUGAUAAUGGAUGAACAAAAUGUUUAUUCAGAGUACAUUAUUACAAGGUACUCUUUGUUUAAACAAAUUUCUGUUGUAAUUUUCAGAAAAGCUAUUAACAUUGUUUUGAUUAACUUUAUUAAGCUGUAAUUUUUAUAAAUUAUACGAAUGAUUAAAUGCUUUUUCAUUUCUGUGCUAUUUUGCUCUGAUGCAUACCUGCUAACUGUACUGGAUUUUCCAGUAGUUUCCUGAAGUUUAAGCAUGUCUCCCUGUCCCCAGAUUUUUAUUCAAAAUCUACUGGAUUUUAUGAGUCUUUGAGAAAAUCCCUUUAUUUAGAGAUUUUGUGAAAAAAUCUCAGUAAAAUUGUGUUUGUAAAGAUUGUCCAGACAAAUGCACUCCAUGGUUUGGAAGCUUUUUGCUAAAAUUCAAACUUUAGUACAUCGAAAUCUAGCAACGUUAUCUGUGCUUAUUAAGUUUGUUCAAAAAUAAGCAUCAAUUGUAUAUUAAGCAUUAAUUUAACUUUUAUUCUUCCUUUUCAUGUUCCAAUUAAUUAUUUUAUGUGUAUAUAUAGUAAAGAACUUCUAUGUGCUUGUACUUAAAGGGAUGUAAAAAAUCUACUGGAUUUUUUCCUUGAAAGUUUGGCAAGUAUGUUUUAUGUCGAAAUAGAACAAAUACAACUUAAUGAGCAAUUAGCAGGGGAAAUUAUGCUCAGACAUUUUAGAGUUUCAAGAACCUCUUUUUCAGCUAAAGUGAAUGAAGCUAUAUGGAAAAAUUUGACUGAAAAACAUUAACUAUGUAAUUUUCACUGAACGUUUAAGGCAGACAGCAAAGGAUUUGUGCAAUUUUAAUUGUAUGUGAUUUCUAUAUUUAUAACUGCUUUAUUAGCGGCUGUCCUGCCUGUACAUUCCAGUUACUGUUACAUGCUAGAACUGACUCCUUUUUUGCUUUAGUGCAGUUUUAGCAAUGCUUGACAUUAUUUUAUUACACUCAUGUUUGUGAAAAUUGUAGCAACAUGAAGGACUCAUUGGAAAGGAAUAAAAUUUAUUGCAUAUAUUACUCACAGUGCUACAGAUAAAGGAUCAAAAUUACAUAUCAACGAAGUAAAAAUAAUAGGCCUAAAUUAAUAUCAAGUGUAGCUACCCUGCGCAUCUAAGCAAGCCUGUACUCCUUUAGAUAUCCAAUCAUGGAGCUGCUGAAUGUCAAACUAGGAAUAGCAUCCCAUGUGGCUUUAGUCUGAAGCCAAAGUUCAUCUAUACCAACUGCCAGAUGAGACACAUGGGCGGGUCUCUGACCAAUGCAAUCCGAGACAUGCUCGAUGGGCGUCAAAUCUGGAGAACAGGCAGACCAAGGAAGUCGCAUAACCUGUCGUACACCGAAGAACACUUGUACAUUAGGUGCAACAUAUAGACGUGCAUUGUCUAGCUGAAACACUGCACCAGGAACGCUCUGAAGAAAGGGUAGUGUCUCUUGCAUCAGAGCGUCCCUGAAACAGCGCUCACUAUUGAGAUUACUCGUAAUUCGGACUAGAUGAGACUGCCCUUGAUAUUCAAUAGCGCUCCAGACCAUGACGCCUGGCGUUAUGCCGGUAUGACGUCAGAUUAUACCCUCUGAGAGGUGACGUUCCCAUGUGUAAAGCCUGACGCGUACACGUCCAUUGUUAUAGUGAAAUCCACUAUAGGGGAUUCCUUUGCAUGUAAACCCUGGUGCAGUAGUUGUUGACGAACCAAGGAUGCAGCAAGUGUGACACCUGUAGCCAUACUCCAACGUUGUGCUAGCGUACUGGAGGACGCUAUACAAUCCAUCACAGCUAGGCGGGUGAGAUGUCGAUAAUCCUGUGGCAUCGUUCUCUUCUGUGGGCUGGUGCGAUCCCUUCGGCUAAUUUCAUCGUCCUCUGUCCAUCUUUUACAAAUAUGCAUCACAGUUGAGGCAUUACACCCCGUGCAGGCACAGAUUUCUCUAUACAUAAAUUCAGCUUCACAUAUUCUGAUCAGGCGGCCCCAUUCGAACUCUGUUGCUCGUUCGUAUGACGCUCUGCGCUUUGUGCGAGGCAUAUUGAGUACUAGAGAAACAUCUACAUCGGGAGAAGAUCAUACACUGAUUUCGAAAAACCUUUACAGCCCUUUACAUACAGAGUCUACGCCGCAGUUCAGAGGGCGUUUCCCGGUCCACGCAUGUGUGACAUCUCUGUAAUUCUAAUCUUUUGCAUAUGUUAUCCUGCCAUACAUUUCCUGUGAAUUUCGGUGCAUUUGCAUAAUUCCUUCUUGGUGUUGCAUUUUUCACAAACAUGAGUGUAUUAUUUCAAUUUGUAUAUUCUUUUUCAUUUAUCAUUCAUGUGUUUGUUUUUAUGAUGAUGUGAAUUAGUUAACCAUUUAAGAAAAUUUAUUUGAAUGAACAGUCAUUGCAACUUAAAAAGUUCAAUGCUUUUAAUGGAAUAUUUCUUAUUCACAUAAAUAUGCUCAUUUUAUCGUCGUUUGUGUUGUUAAGGAGCAUAUUUUAAUAUUUGUUAAUGUUGUUUUCAUAUGCAUUUAAUUGAAUUUCUAUACAUAAGAUGUGAUAUAUGUUUUUAAACUAAAGGCUUGUGUGGAUGUUUUUAAUGCUAUGGAAAUGUAAUUCGUGUUAUUGUUGCAUAGGUUGAAGCGAAGUGAGUGGGUGUUUGAAAGAAAAAAUGUAUGCUCCUUGUUGCAUAUCUGUUGUUAUUCAUAUCUUAUAUCUUGUAUUGAUUUCAUGAAAAAUGUUAGUAAAAUUCCUCUA